CCAAUUCCCCAAAACCUGCUUUAAAAUCUUAAAAUCCCCCAGGAAUCUUACUUGCCAAUUCUUGUGUUCGAUUCAACUUAAGAAAUGACAGCCGAAUUUCCUGGCAGAUCUGGGUGCAACACUGGCCACCGCAACGCCCGUCCUUACCCAGACUACGUGGAUUCGAUUGACCAGGAAAAGCACAAAUGGCUUGCCAAUUUUUUGCGACUGCCCGAUGAUGACACCGAAGCACAAAAAAUUCGCGAUGCUGGACUACCACACACCGUUGAUGUUUUCGAUGUGCUGAACGACGGUAGCUUCACUCAUAAAUCCAUAACUAUGAUCUAUUACCUCAAAUGGGAAUAUUACCCUGCGAGCCCCGAGCUCUUCGAGACCCUGGAUAAUGUUCCUGAUGGGAGUGUGAUAAGGAUUUUGAUUGCUCAGGAGUGGUCAGAGCUUUGCUCUAGCCAUGUUGGCUCGCAUAACGCUAUCGGCCACAAAUACAACCUCCACCCUAGCUUUCUUGAAAUGCACUUCUCUUUGUUCGAGGUUCAUACUAUUCCUGAAGGUAGCGACACUUUCGACGAUCAUUUGCCAGGCCGGAAAUAUGCACCUGCAAUCACGGCGUCCGAGCAACGCUAUCUCCAGAUCAAAGGCAACCGAUGGGGUCACUUGACUGCAACUGAAGUACACUCGCCUGAUUUGAAGAUAUUCAUCAUUCUUGAAGCUGAUCCCAAAGGCCCUAGUGCGGUUAAAUCUGUCCUUGAAGUUCUCAACAGCUUCUCUGGUCCAGAGAGCAUACGUACCCUGAGCCUGCUAGACCUAUGUAGUCAAUAUACUCGCGAAUGUCUCCAAGGCAUCUCUAGAGAGGUUUUCAAGGAUGUGUGGGACUGCUUAGGGCCCCCGACGGAUUUGAGCAAGGAUCCCCAGAAAAUAUUGCGGCGGCAUGACACCUAUCGUUUGUACCAUCAGUGUUUAUUACUUUCUUCAGAGAGCAUUCGCCGCUAUUUGUCGACACGAGCCCAGGAAAUUAUAUCCGUGUCCGAGACGUGGAAACUUAUCUUGAGCGACUGCAAAGCACUCAUGAAUGAUUGCGAAAGAGUCGCCGUCGAUCUCAGAAAUCGCUUGCAAGUUGUGCAAACCAGCAACGCCAUUGAAGAAGCCAAGCUGGGUGUGCGUCAGGCUGAGUCUGUUCGCAGGCUGACGGUCGUAGCUUUCGUCUUCAUCCCCCUCAGUUUCGCCACCUCCUUCUUUGGAAUGAACAUCACUCAAUUGAAAGGUGAUGUCGACGUAAAGUGGUUCGUUUUGACUGCCAUUAUUUCUGGUCUUAUCGCCGCUGUCGUGGCAGGAUUCGUCAAAUUUGCUACCACAAAGCUCUCUGAUGCACUACGUGGUGUGAGGGCCAAGUACGUGUCCAGGACUGAUGACCCAUCAGCCGCCAAUGCAUCUAUCAUAAAGAUACUUUAUGACGAUUUAAUCGGUCGUUACUUGUACAGGAAAUAUUCCGUUGCUCGCCGCAGCCUGGCCAAUAUUGAACCGGAAGAUACCUGGAUUGUGAUCAAGCCUAAGUUGAAAGCUGUCCCCAUUAUACGGAUAUAUCCACGGGUUUUAUGGUCUGUGGCGGCAGAUGCGUUACAGAACUUGUCCCAAUGCUUGGUUCCCAAGUUCUCCCGCCUGAAAAGACAUCCAACUGAAUCUGCGGCGGUUUAGAAGUGUAUAUCUGGAUUGGCGCCAUAGCUCAAGGAUAGCGGUGGAGGGGAUUUUCCUUUGGGUGGCAGGACAUGCCUCAACUGCGUGACGCCUUGCCACAGAAUGCUCUGAACUAUUGCUUGCUGUAAAAGUGAUAUCAGAAUUGAUUAAUGCCAUCUUUAUACCAUCAAGCAGAAUUUACCGAACCUCACAAGGCGUUGGGCACUUCUCUUCUCUACUGCUGUCAAGUCACGUACGCUUGGCAUUUGGUAGCCGUUAGUGUAUCAAGAGCAAAUAGUAUGGUAGUAUGUAAAUAUGUUGUGAAGGAAAAGCACGGUAUUCGGGCCAAUUUUCGUUCGUUUUGUUUCAUAAACUCAGACAACGCAUUUUUAUUGACAAUGCUUUGAGCGUCAUGGAAAAAUGCACCGUUUGGUACUUUCCGAAAAAUGAAUGGGUGACUUCCUCAGAGCCCUAUUUUUCUUAUCUUACAAGAAAAGAGUAGAAAGUCUCGCAAAAGAAUGCACGUACC